ACUGUACACAAGCUCAAUUAACUCUGGCCAUAGGCCCCGGGACCCUGGACGCUCCGGCGGGACUCAGUAAUGUCCUCCGCUACCAAGCGGCCUCUCAGCAGCAGCGGCACUCCUGCUUCUGUCAAGCGGCCAGCUACUGUCAUUGAUUUGACUGAAGACGCGCCUCAUUAUGCAUUAUCGCGCGGAAACAGCGGCGCUCUUGCCGUUCAGGACACGUCUGGCUUGCCGCUAGAAGAGAGAAACGCGAGGAAACAGCUAUGGGCGCGCUACUGGUCGUACAAGGUGGUUCAAUUCCACGCAACGCAGCGCGCAUAUACGAUCCUCGGCCAGCGCAACCUGGAGGAAAUCCUGAAGCACAAAAUAGACGCGCUCGAGGUGCACAGGAAGCGACUCUUUGACCGCAAGUUCAGCUACACCAUGACGGAAUACAGCGAGUUUGAUCACAACUGGAUCAUCGACUAUGUUCGCGACAAGAUGGGCGAGAUUAAGGAUCCGACCCCGGUGCGCAAAGACCUCAUUCACCAGCUGAUUGCUACCAACUUGCCAGAUAAUGUCGCUAUCUUCCAAUCCUGGUCCAGCAAAGGCGCUCUCAAGGCGAUCGAAGAUUUGAUUGACGAGACAAUGGACGAGCCAACACUCAAGACCUGCUUGUACACGGGCACCCCGGAUGCUUUCAGGGAAUUCGUCAAGCAGACACUUGAUAAUGUCUUCAAGAGGGGCCCACAGACGCCGUUGCAUCAGGACGUGAAGCCAGAAUCGCCGAGCAAGGCUUCCUCAGCAAAGACGCCUGCUAUAAAGCUCGCUCCAAUUUUUCAGAGGCAGACACUCAAGGCGACGCCAGCUGCUCAUCAAGCCGCAGACGGAGCCGUUCCUGCUGCAGCCAACACCCCUUCCAAGAGUCAACCUGCUAUCGCUCCUCGCCCUGCCCCGCCUGCUGCCCCGGCUUCGACACCGACUGCUGCGGCCCCUGUCAGACCCAAUCUUGCUACUCCCACAUUGGACCAAGAAGCUGCUACACGUCAGCUGGUUAAAGAAGUCAGCUUCCUCUUGACGAAGGAUGCGGUUUCGAUUGAUAAAGCCACAAAAUGCUUUCGCCUCCUCAUCGAACGCUACAAGAAGAAUAUGAAGCCGCAAGCCAAUGUACGACACCGAUUGGAUCUCAUGGCUCCCGAUGGGCGACCAAAAUGUCUGUUCAACUCGUUUGUCAUCAACACGCGCGACCACGAGCUUACGACCUUCCUGCAACUGCCUGACGUGGUCUUGCGCGCCGUCGCCGUACAGCCCACAGACGAACUGCUAGCUCAGGCUAUGCGACGCUUGGAUCGCAUCAAAGAUGAGCGCAACGCGAUCGCUGCCAUCAAAAAAUUCAACAGUGAAUUGCAUCUCGCCUAUGAUGCAGCUCAGGGCGCGCUUCGUGUCAAUGCCACAACGGCCAAUGCUGUCCUGCACGAAGAGGCAAAGCAGAAUUUGGCGCGAUUCGCUCAUCAGAUUACAGCACCAGCUCUUGCAGCGCUGGGUUCCGACUACAUCAACUCCUUCUUGACCGGUACACUCGGCUCGAAACGUGCUAUGGCGUUGACUUGGUUCCCACACCUCUUUAGACCAGCUGUGCAACGGCCAGCGCCCCCGCCGUUGCCUGUUGUGUUCCCUGGUCUUCCUGCUGGCAUGGCUGACAUGGAAUUAGAACCUUGGGCUACGCGCAGUCGUGGCGGUGCUUUACCCUUGAAUGAAACACCAGAGGACUUCAACGCAUUCCUCAAUGAUCUUGAAGGUGAUGAAUUUGUUGGUGAUACGGAUGAGGGUGUUCGAGCUGCUGCUGAACGUCUCAAGCUUGAAGCAACAGCAGGUCACAAGUACAAGCUCGAGGGUCUUCGCAACUGUGACUUGUUGCCACAUCAAGUUAUCGGCGUGGAUUUCAUGGUUCGCCGUGAGGAUAAGCACGAAAUGAAGGACAAUGACAUGCGACCCAAUCGUGUUCGUGGUGGAUUGUUGGCUGAUGCGAUGGGUCUGGGCAAGACGGUGCAAUGUAUUGCGACCAUGGUCCACAACCAUCCUAAGCUCAAUCCAGCAUUGCGCGCAGAAACCAAGCGUCGCGCUACUCUCAUCAUUUGUCCCGUUGCUCUCAUCCACCAAUGGAAGCGCGAGAUUGAGACCAAGGCUCCCGGUCUGUUCAAGGUGGGUGUGCACCAUGGUGCUACCAAGAUGCGUACGCUCAAUGAGUUCAAGUCUUUCGAUGUCAUCAUCACUUCUUAUGGCACAAUGGCUCGCGAAUAUCCACUCAAGAAAUGGAACAAGCGCCCGAGUCAGGACGAAAUUGAGGCUGAUCAGGAGCGCAUUGAGCGUCAAAAGGGCAACCUCUUCCGCAUCAAAUGGCUGCGAUUGAUUUUGGAUGAGGCACACACGAUCAAGAAUCCAGGUUCAAAUGUGUCGCUCGCUGCUAGUAACUUGGGCGCACAGCGCAACUGGUGCUUGACAGGUACACCAUUGCAAAACAAGCUCGAGGAUAUUUAUCCCAUCUUCCGAGUGUUGCGCGUUCCAAAUGUUUGCAUCCGCGCUUCCUUCAGAGAGAAGUUCUUGAAGGGUGUGUCAGCGCGCGUAGGACCUGCUAGGCUACGUGUCACCCUCGCCCCAUACUUGAUGCGCCGCACAGAGAAUGACAAGAUUGGCGAUCGUCCCAUCUUGAGUCUGCCAACCAAGCAUGUGGAAAUGCCGGCCCUGGUCUUUAGUGAGGAUGAGCGAAAAUUGUACUCGGAGGUCGAGAAUUCUAUGCGUUGCGAAGUCAAUCGUGCCUUGGUCGAGGGCACAGCUGUCAAGCAAAUCAACCAUUUCCUCAUCAUGUUGCUGCGUUUGCGUCAAUUGUGCAUCCAUCCCUUCCUCAUUCUCGAGCACUUGUCUGCACGGGGCGAUUUCAACGAGGAUGACUUUUUGGAUGCCGCAUACAACCCAGGUGCAUCGCGAACUGCAGGGACGAUGGCUGAGCAAGUUGCUCGAGGACUUGCCUUUGCCGGUGUUGACGAGGACACCGUCAUGUGCGGUAUUUGUCACGUCGACCCACAGGAGCCUCAAUUUGCAACAGGCUGUGGUCACGUCUUUUGCCUGGUGUGUGUCGAGGAUACGGAAGAUAUUGUGGAUGAGGAGAGUUUGUGUCCGGUUUGCUCAAAGACACUCGGCAAGCUCGUCAAUUAUGACGAGACGAAGCACACUGCUGCACAAACCAUUGAUGACGUUAAUGAUGACAAGACUAUUGCUAUGAGGCCUGCUUUAACGCCAAAGAAAUAUCAGUCUCCUCGGAAGACCACGGUCAAUACGCCUUUAAAGCCAAAGGCUGGCCCAUACGCCUCCGACGAUGCAGUGACACCACUCAAGCGUAGGGCAGUGCCAAAGCUUGAUGUCGAUUCCGACCUGUCUGACACUGAAAUGACUGAUUUAGGACAACUCUUCCGCGCCUCUUCGUCUGCUGCCCACUCAGCUGUUAAGCCCGAGCAAAAGGCAGAUCUCAAGUCUACGCCCGAAGCUCAUAGCUCGCCCAGGAAAGCUGGUGGAAUGGAUAUCAAGCAAGAUGUCAAGGAUGUUAAAUUCAUGACGGACAAAGAUGUCAAGUUACUUGAGGCAAUGCAACGGAAGCCGCGAAUUAUCCCUGGCAUGGAUGACCGUAUUGGUUGUCCACCGGUAGACCCGAAGCAGCUUGUCGAGGCCGUCAUGCCUGAUCCAGAUGAUUGCGACCCUGAACGCCGAGCACAGUUGCUGCCACCGUCAAAGGAGGAGCGUGAGCGAGAAGCUCGUUCGUGGGAGGAAAUUAUGAAGCUGGAGUUCCUGCCGUCUACUAAGAUGACUGCCAUUGAGGCUCAGCUCGAGCUGUACAUACAGCAGAAUGACGACAAAAUCAUCAUCUUUUCUCAGUUUGUCAGGGCAAUCGACUUGCUUGAGAAGGUGUGCGAUCUCAACGAUUGGCCUAGCCUGCGCUACCAGGGCGAUAUGUCUGUCAGGCAGCGUGAAGCUGCAUUGCGCGAAUUCGAAGACCCUGAUGGCCCUCGCAUCCUGCUGAUGAGUUUGAAAGCUGGUGGUGUUGGUCUCAACUUGGUCUGCGCAAACAAGGUCAUCCUUAUCGACUUCUGGUGGAAUGCAGCAGUUGAGCAUCAAGCCAUUGCACGCUGCCACCGAUUGGGACAAAACAAGGAAGUCUUUGUUCAACGAUUCUUCAUCCCUGGCACUGUAGAGGAACGUAUUGUUGCGUUGCAAGAGGCCAAACUCAAGACGGCUGGUACGGUAUUGGGUGAGGCUGAAGGUGGCGGUCGUGUGCCGAGGCUGUCGUUGCGAGACAUCAUGGGCCUAUUCGGUACGAUGGAGCGCAAUGAGGAUGGAGUGAUGCAGUUGGCUGCACACUGAGCCAAGAGAAAUGAGCAAGAUAGAUGAACUACUAGAAGUUGAAACAGCAUUCAAUAUACAACAGCUCUAGCUACGAGAAGAGAAUUU